AUGAAAUAAACUAUUAGAGAAGCAAUUAAAGAAGUAACAGAAGGCUCUGAUUUUGAAGCUUCAUUUACCAAAAACAAAACUAAAGAGGAGUCUUCUAUUUAGUAGGAAAAUAAUUUAAAUAAGAAUUUACAUCUUUAACUUUAGCAAGAAGAUUCUAUUCUAAAUGAAGAUAUACUUAAGAGUUAAAGAUUAAUAAAAUAAUAAUUCAGUAUUGAUGUUAAUACCAUUAGAUCAUUAGGCUAGCGGAGUCCAAAUAGUUUAAAUUUCGAUCAAAGCUUUUUCUAUAGUGAUUAAAAGGUUCCUAGCAAAGUUUAAGAUGAGUUUUCCUAAUUGAGUUCAUUUAUUUAAGAUUUAAAUAAAAAAAUAGCAGAAAUAGUUAUAUAAAGUGAAGCAGAUUUUCUUAAAAUUUACAAAUAAUAAAUGACUGAGGUAUAUAAAGAAUUAAUGAAAUUAAAAAGAAGAAUAGAAGAUGAAGACUUCAAUUUAAAAAGAAAUUUAAAAAUUUAAGUAUUGACUGAAGAAAAAAACUACUUUUAUAAGCAAGCAGUUUUUUUAGAUGAAAAAUGUAGAGUUCUCGAAAAUGAGAACAAUGAAUUAAAAUUUAAAAACAAUAUACUUAAAGACGACCUUACUAAUUACUAAGGGCUAAUUAUAGAUGUCAAAAAAGAAAAUAAAUAGCUUAAGUCAGAGCUUCUCUUUUUAUACCAAAAUAGCAACUUGACUCAAUAAGAAAGCAAAAAAUAGCUUGCAAAUAAAGAAAAAUUUAUACCUUCAGAAUAAUAGAUAGAAAUAUAAUAAGCUUUUGAUUUUAAAAGAUCAACUUCUUAAAACUCUUAAAAGAGCGUUAAAGAAUAAAUAUUCAAUAAUACUUGUUUGCCUAAAUCUUUAUAAAUAAAAUAGGUAAAAAGAAGUAGCUCUUGUAAAUUGUUAAAUUUUAGUUAGGUAAAUUAAAAUUUAAUACCAUCCACUCCUUAAUCAACUACAAAUAGAACUAAAAUAUUCAAAUAAAAAUAGUAUUCCCAAGAAAUACAAACAAGUAAAUUGAAUCAAAUAUUAAACUAAAAUAAUUAAUACCAGCAAAUGCAACUAAAAGAAUAGCAUUAAUAAUAAUAUCAAUAAAAAUAAGAACAAAAAGCUUAAAAUAAAUCUUCUUCUGAUAUUUAAGUGGCAUUUCAAUAAAACUAGAUAAUAAAAAAUCACACUGAUUUACUGAAAUAAUCAAAAAAAAACUUGAAAUUAGACCUUCAAUAAUCUAUUAAAGCUAUUAGUAAUAUAGAUUUAGAUUAUCCAAAUUAUCCAAACUUUUUAAUAAAAAUAAUAAUUCUUGAUAUUAUGUAAAAUCCUCCUCUUGUAAAAUAGGCUGAAGUAAGCUUCAUAUUUUCAAAGAAUAGGUUUCAAGUAACCUUCCAUAUUACUAUUCCUAAUAAUAUUAGCAAGUAAUAAUUAAUUAAAAAUACAAUGGCUGAUCUAAAUCACGAAUUAUCAGAUUUUGAUGAAGAGUAAUCCUUUGAAAGCUAAUGUGAUAUAAUUGAGAAAGAAGUUUGUGUUAAGUGCAAAGAUUUGUUCAUACUUGAAGACUGCUAAUCUUGUCCUAUUGGUUACUAUAGAGACAACAAUAAUACUUGCUAAAAAUGUAAGAAAGGGGAAAAAUAUUGUAAUAAAGAUUAAGUUAUUUCAUGUUUUGCAGAGUAUUAGCUUAUUAAUAAUAAAUGCUCAUCUAAAGAUGACGAUAAUCUUGAUGAAUGGUAUGAAGAUGGAUAAAACCUUUACUACUACUUUUUCUAUGAUCAAGGCAUUAUCAAAGCAAAAUUUAGUGACGAUAUUUAAUUACUUACUAUCAACUAGGAUGCUUAAUAUCAAUUCAGCUAAAUGAAUUGUGAUCCCAUAAAAGAUACUGUUGUAAUUUAAGAUACCAAUUAAUGCCGAAUUAAUCCUGAAUUCAACAAUAUUUUUGAGAUUAAGAUGAGUAUUUCUUAAUACAAGCGAGUUAAAUAUAAUUUAAGAUUUAUAAAUUAUUAUUUAUCAUCAAUACAAUACUUACCAGAUAAUAUCAAAGAAGAUCCUGUCAUUUCAGAUAAUGAAAAAAUAUAUCAUGAAAUAAAUGAUUUAUCUAAAGAGUGUUCAUUCAAAUACACUCACUAUAAAAUAUUUGGAGAAGUCACUAUCCCUAAAGACCAUUUUAAUGCAAUACAAGCAAAUUAAAUUAACUUUAAUUAUAAUUAUUUUGGUUAGUCGUUACCUCUUAAUUAGAAUCAGUCUGGUAUUAAUAUUGAGUAGGAGGGAGAAAUAGAAAAUAUUGAUCCUUAGAGGAAAAAAAAUUUUGAAAGUAUCAUAGAUAGUUUAGAAAGAUACCCUUAAGAUUUAUUAAUAGAAUAGCUUAUACCUGUAGAAAAUUAUAACAUUUACACAAUAUUUAUUGAGUGUUAAUAUGCUGUCAUACCUAUGUCUAAAAAUUCAUAUGUUGAGUUCGAAGUUGUACAGUCGUAUGAAAUAGCUUUUGAAGUAGAUACUUUUAAAGAAGGAGAUUCUUAAUUCUUUUAAAUUUUUAUCAAAAAUGAAAUUUCAAAGUUUAAAGUAUUAAAAAAAGAUUAAAUUGUAGGAUAUCUUACAAUUUACUUUAUAGAAGAUAUGUUAAAAAUUUUUGAUUAAAAUUUAUCAUUUCAUGGUGAUUAUUAUUAAUAAGAAGUAAAAGCUAAUGAAUUUUUAAACGGAGAAUAUUUAUUUGAAGUAGGAAUAAAAUAUUUUCUAGAUUAAGAAACUCAAAAUAAAUAAGUAAAAUAUUUCAAAAUAAACAACUAAAACUAAAUGUAAUUGAAAAUCACAACAAACAACAUAUCUCAUAUGAAUACUAAUGAGUCUAUUAUGAUUUAAAGCUAGGUUAUGUAUCCAUAAACCAAUCAAGAUAUUUUAUAUAAUUGGAGUUGCUAUGAUGUGUCAACAAAAUAGAAAUGUCAGGAUAAAUUAAAUAUUUUUAGUAUGGCAUAAAACCUUUAACUGUAAAUACCUUCUAGGUAUUUGAAAAACAAUAAUGAAUAUAUUAUAAGAGUUCAUACAUAAUUUAAUAAGUUUCAAUAAAAUUUGUUUGAUGAGAUUAAAUUUAAAACAGGAUAAUUUGUUUUUGAUAUAGAUUAUGAUGAAUCUUACAAAAAAUAACCUUUCAUUUAAAAUUAAAUUAUAGAAUUUGAGAUAAAAAUGUAAAAUUAAACUUUGGAAAAUUAAGAUCUGUUAUUUUAAUUAGAAUUCAAUGCUUAAGGAUUUAAUAGUGUUCUUUCUAAAUUUUACUCAUAAAAUCUCAUUUAAUUUAAGCGAGAAGAAUAUUUUUCAUCAACAAUUUUAGAAAAAAUUCAACAUAUAAAUAUAACAUUUUAUGUUAUUGAUUCUAUUACUCAAGAAUUCACAAAAACCUAACAAUAUUUAUUUAAGAUAGGAUAACCUCCCUAAAACUGUCUAAUAAACAUUUAGAAUAAAGAUUAAAACUUAAAGGCAUUUUAAGAUGAGAUUCAAAUAGAAGUUUAUAAUUGCACAAGCUCAAGUGAGGGUAGUUUGUAUUUCUAAUUUAUGUUUUAUCACUCUUUUGAAGAAUACUAGAAAGAAUUAAAUUAUGGUAAAUAAUAUGAAAGAAAUUAUUUAACUAAACUUUCUCCUUCUGACUAUGUUAAAACUGUUUUACCAGUGGGAUAAAUUUUUAUUUUAGUGAUUGCUUAAGAUAAAUAUAAUACAAAAUCAAGCUAUAGUAAAUUAGUUGAUGUGGAGAAUGCAACUUUAGAUAAAAUUUAAUAUUAAUAAUUUUUAGAUGAGCAAUUCAGAAAGAUUGAAUAUCACUCUAUGAUUAACUAAAAUGAAGAAAUAUUGUUUCUAUUAAAUAUGAUAGCUGAGUGCAUUGUGGAUAUAGAAAAUAAAAAUUCGAUACUAUUCCAAAAUGAUGACUCACUUACUAAAAUGAAAGACUUGAUUGAAUAAAAGUUAAAUAUUUUAUCUUCUAAAUUUAGCUAUGAUAAUUACCUUCAAGAAUUCAUUAUUAGAAUUUAUUAAAAGCUUUACAACUAAUUUGCAAACAAGGAUUAAUAAAAAAAUGUGUUUUAAGAUAUUUAAAAUAUUUUUGAAAGUAUAAAAGAGUAAAGCAAGGGAUUAAAUCAAGUGAAUAAUGAGCAAAAUGAAUAAUUUUAAAAGUAACUUUACUCUUCUCUAGACUUAAUUCAUAAAGUAGUAUAUUGCAAAAACAAUCAAAUUGAUUAGAAUUUAUCAAACUGGUAAAAUUAAUACAUUAAUCUAAUGUGUGACAUAGUAGAUGAGUUAGCUCUAACAUUAAAACCUAACUAAAAGAACAUUUAGUAUGACUUCUAAGAUUUUGUAGUAAAAGUGAGCUUAGUUAAUAAAACAGAAGUAGCAACUAAUUACUUGUCUCUUACUUAAUAUCAAGAAAAAGCUUUUUAAAAACUAGAAUCUUAAUAUUUUGAAACUAAAUAAAUUUAUUGGAAGGAAAAUAUUUACUUUGAUGAUAGUUAGUUUUUAGAAAUAUACUCUGCUCCUAUUUAAAAAAAGGGAAUGGAUUUUGUAAGGAGUUAAAUGUAAAAAUAUCCUUCUAUACUUAUAACUAUUUGUGAAUCUAUGAAAAAUUAAGAAAUUGAUUUAAAUAGGCUUCUUUUUUAAAAAGAAAAACAAAUAACUUAAAAAAUGAAUUUAACAAUUCGUUACAACUUUGAAGAAGUUGAAUACAAUAAUAAAAUUAAGUGUAUUUAAAAAAUAGAUUCGAUAUGGACUACAUAAUAUUGUUCUAAAGUUUAAAAAUAAAUAAAUAAUAAAAUAAUAGUGUCAUGUGAAUGUAAAAGCCUUUCUUUUACAACUCUUAUUACUGAUUUAGAUUAUCUUAUUUCUUAAGAUAACUUUUAAAACUCUAUUGAUGGUGAAGGAAUUUCCAAAAUUUUGUCAUUUUCAAAUUGGCACUAAUAUGCUACUAUUUAUGUUAUAUUUGGGAUAAAUAUUAUGUUUGCUUUAUCAAUAUUUGUAGCAAAAAAAACAGAUAAAAAGUGCAAAUUAUUCAUAACAUCUGAUUUUUUAGUAAGUUUGGAAUCUAUUAAUACGCAACAAAAUCCCUUGGUAAAAAUAAACUCGAAAUAAAAUUAAGUUUGCUAGGAAGUACAAAAAUAAGAAGAAGAAAAAAUUAAGGGAUUAAAAGUUGUUGAUAUUUAAUCGGAUGAAGAAAAUUCUACAGAAAAAUAAAAUUAUUUAUCAUAAAAUAAAUAAAAUGAGCAGAACCACAAAAAAACCUAAAAUAAAUUAGAAAUAAAAAUAGUAUUCUAACAAUAUAUUAAAUCAAUAUCAUUUUUUAGAGCAAUAGGAUUAUUUCACUCUUUGUUUUCAAUAUUCUUACUCUACAACAAAAAAUAGUCAAGCCUUAUUAGAAUCUGUAACUACUAUUGUAAAUUGAUUUGGAAAUUAGCAAUAAAUGUUGUGUUUGGGAAUAAUCUAACCCUAUCUUAGAUUAUGAUAAUGUCAAUUAUGUCUUCAUUAUCUUUUGCUUUAUAUCAAAUAAUAUUUAUAUUGAUUCAUAAAUAAAAGAAGAUCAGAUGUCUAGGUUAUUUGUUUUGCUUUUUGUUUUCUCUCUUUAGCUACUAUUUGAUACUAGUGUCUUUAGCUAAUUCGUCUGUAAGUUAGUCGAAUACUUGGAUAUUAACAUAUGUUUGUUCUCUAAUUGUGUGCAUCUUAUUUUUAAGUAUACUAUCAUCAGCAUUAAAAUUAGGUUUGGCAUAUCAAUUAGUAGGCUGUUUGAAUAGGAAAAACAUAUUUCUGAAGUUUAUAGGAGCAAGUUUAAUACUGUAAUAGCUCAAUGAUUUUUGA